GCUCGUCCGCCCCUAGUUCCUAAAGUGCUGCGGACGGUUGCGACCCGCGGCACCUGACGGGGGGGGGCUCAGCGAAGCGGCGGGGACCGGUCGGGCCUCUCACUGUUGUGGCCUCUCGCAUUGCGGAGCACAGGCUCCGGACGCGCAGGCUCAGCGGCCAUGGCUCACGGGCCCAGCCGCUCCGCGGCAUGUGGAAUCUUCCCGGACCGGGACACGAACCCGUGUCCCCUGCAUCGACAGGCGGACUCUCAACCACUGCGCCACCAGGGAAGCCCACCACCACCAUAAUCAAGAUACAGAACACUUAUCUCAGGAGACAAAAGGAUGCCACGGAGAAAGAAAAAAGUUAAAGAAGUCUCUGAAGCUCAGAACCUGGAGAGGAAAGAUAUAGAAACUACCAGUCCUGUCAAUGUGAAGAAGAAGCGUAGACUUGAGGAUGCAUUCAUUGUGAUAUCUGAUAGUGAUGGAGAGGAACCAAAGGAGGAGAAUGGAUUGCAGAAAAUGAAGACAAAACAGUUGAAUAGAGCAAAGUGUUUUGCUAAAAGAAAAAUUGCACAAAUGACAGAAGAAGAACAGUUUGCUCUGGCUGUCAAAAUGAGUGAACAGGAAGCUAGGGAGGUGAACAGCCAGGAGGAGGAAGAAGAGGAGCUCUUAAGGAAAGCCAUUGCUGAAAGCCUGAAUAGUUGCCGGCCUUCUGAUGCUUCUGUUACCAGAUCUCGACCUCUGGCCGCUGGACCAUCUUCACAGUCCCACCAAGAGAAAACCACAGACUCUGGGACCUCUACAGGCAUAUGGCAGCUGGUACCUCCAUCACUGUUUAAAGGCUCACAUAUCAGUCAGGGAAACGAGUCUGAGGAAAGAGAGGAGCCUUGGGACCGCACUGAAAACACUGAAGAGGAGCCGGUCUCUGGCAGCUCAGGAAGCUGGGACCAGUCAAGCCAGCCAGUGUUUGAGAAUGAGAACGUUAAAUGUUUUGACAGAUGUACUGGCCACUUGGCUGAGCGCACACAGUGUGGGAAGCCACAGGAAAGUACUGGGAAGGGUUGUGCUUUUCACAAAGCUGCCCAGGGUAGGGGGGACACAUCUAGGCACUGUUUGCCUACCCCAGCAGAUGCCAAAGGUCUCCAGGACAUUGGGGGCACUGUGCACUACUUCUGGGGUAUUCCAUUCUGCCCUGCUGGAGUAGACCCUAACCAAUAUACCAAGGUCAUUCUCUGCCAGUUGGAGGUUUAUCAAAAGAGCCUGAAAAUGGCUCAGAGGCAGCUCUUAAAAAAAAAGGGGUUUGGGGAACCAGUGUUACCUAGACCUCCUUCUCUGAUCCAGAAUGAAUGUGGCCGAGGAGAUCAGGCUAGUGAAAAAAAUGAACGCAUCUCAGAAGAUAUGGGAGAUGAAGACAAAGAGGAGAGGCAGGAGUCUAGGGCAUCUGUCUGGCACUCAAAAACCAAGGAUUUCCAAGAAAGCCCAAUUAAAAGCUUGGAAGAGAAACUUUUGUUGGAGGAAGAACCAACAACCAGUCAUGGUCAGUCUUCCCAAGGGCUGUUCGUUGAAGAAACUUCUGAAGAAGGAAGUUCUGUACCUGCCCCACAGAGCAUUGCUGCUUUGAACAGUAAGAGAAGCUCAGUCCUUAUGCCAGAGAGUUCUGCAGAGGAAAUCACUGUGUGUCCUGAGACACAGCUAAGUUCCCCUGAAACUUUUGACCUUGAAAAAGAAGACUUUCCAGGUAGCAGAGAGACCGUGGAUGAAGUAAGAAUAAUGGCAGAUAAGGAGGUUCUUCAGGUUGAUAACAGGGAAGAUGCUGAGAAGGAAAUACCUACUACUACCUUCUCAUCUAGUACCCAGGUAUCCUGCCCACUAUGUGACCAAGGCUUCCCACCCACAAAGAUCGAGCGACAUGCCAUGUACUGCAAUGGGCUGAUGGGUCAAGAUACAGGCCUCUCACUGCUGCGUCGUCUCCCGUUGUGGAGCACAUGCUCCGGACAUGCAGGCUCAGUGGCCAUGGCUCAUGGGCCCAGCUGCUCCGCGGCAUGUGGGAUCCUCCCAGACCGGGGCACGAACUUGUGUCCCCUGCAUCGGCAGGCGGACUCUUAACCACUGCACCACCAGGGAAGCCCUGAUUUUUCUUUUAAAUGCCCUUGGUAUUGUUUUCUUUUUAACUUAUUUAUUUUAAUUUAUUUAUAUUUGGCUGUAUUGAGUCUUUGUUGCUGUGCGCGGGCUUUCUUUAGUUGCCAUGAGCGAGGGCCUACUCUUCUUUGUGGUGCACAGGCUUCUCAUUGUAGUGGCUUCUCUUGUUGUGGAGCACGGGCUCUAGGCACACAGGCUUCAGUAGUUGUGGCAUGCAGGCCUUAGAGUGCAGGCUCAGUAGUUGUGGCACACGGGCUUAGUUGCUCCUCAGCAUGUGGGACCUUUCUGGACCAGGACUUGAACCCGUGUCCCCUGCAUUGGCAGGUGGAUUCCCAACCACUGUGCCACCAGGGAAGCCCUCCUGUAAUUGAUUUCUAAUCUCAUAGCCUUGUGGUUGGAAAAGAUGCUUGAUACAAUUUCAGUUUUCUUAAAUUUUCCAAGGCUGGAUUUGUGACCUAAGAUGUGAUCUGUCCUGGAGAAUGUUCCAUGUGCACUUGAGAUGAAAGUGUAUUCUGUCGUUUAUGGGUGGAAUGUCCUAUAAAUAUCAAUUAAAUCUAUCUGGACUAUUGUGUCAUUUAAAGCUUGUGUUUCCUUAUUUAUUUUCUGUCUGGGUGAUCUAUCCAUUGGUGUGAGUGGGGUGUUAAAGUCCCCCACUAUUAUUGUGUUACUAUUGAUUUCCCCUUUUAUGGCUGUUAGUAUUUGCCUUAUGUAUUGAGCUGCUCCUAUGUUGGGUGCAUAAAUCUUCAUAAUUGUUACAUCUUCUUCUGAUUAAUCCCUUGAUCAUUAUGUAGUGUCCUUCCUUAUUUCUUGUAACAGUCUUUAUUUUAAAGUCUAUUUUAUCUGGGUUGAGUAUUGCUACUCCAGCUUUCUUUUGAUGUCCAUUUGCAUGGAAUAUCUUUUUCCAUCCCUUCACUUGCAGUCUGUAUGUGUCCCUAUGUCUGAAGUGGGUCUCUUGUAGACAGCAUACAUAUGGGUUUUGUUUUUGUGUCCAUUCAGCGAGCCUGUGUCUUGGUUGGAGCAUUUAAUCCAUUUACACUGAAGAUAAUUAUCUAGAUGUAUGUUUCUGUUACCGUUUUCUUAAUUGUUUGGGGUUUGUUUUCGUGAGUCUUUUUCUUCUCUUGUGUUUCCCACCUAUAGAAGUUCCUUUAGCAUUUGUUGUAAAGCUGAUUUGGUGGUGCUGAAUUCUCUUAGCUUUUGCUUGUCUGUAAAGCUUUUUAUUUCUCCAUCAAAUCUGAAUGAGAUCCUUGCUGGGUAGAGUAAUGUUGGUAUUUGGUUGUAGGUUUUUUCCUUUCAUCACUUUAAAUAUAUCCUGCCACUCCCUUGUGGCCCUCAGAGUUUCUGAUGAAAAAUCAGCUGAUAACCUUAUGGUGAUUUCCUUGUAUGUUAUUUGUUGCUUUUUCCUUGCUGCUUCUAAUAUUUUUUCUUUGAACCUAAUUGUUGUUAGUUUGAUUAAUAUGUGUCUUGGUGUUCUUCUCCUUGGGUUUAUCCUGUUUGGGGCUCUCUGCACUUCCUGGACUUGGGUGACUAUUUCUUUUCCCAUGAUAGGGAAGUUUUCAACUAUAAUCUCUUCAAAUAUUUUCUCAGACCCUUUCUCUUUCUCUUCGGCUUCUGGGACCCUAUAGUUCGAAUGCUGGUGUGUUUAAUGUUGUCCCAGAGGUCUCUGAGACUGUCCUCAUUUCUUUUCAUUGUUUUUUCUUUAUUCUGCUCCUCAGCAGUUAUUUCCACCAUUCUAUCUUCAGCUCACUUAUUUGUUCUUCUGUUUCAGUUAUUCUGCUAUCGAUUCCUCCUAGUGUAUUUUCCAUUUCAGUUAUUGUGUUAUUUAUCACUGUUUGUUCUUUUUAAAUUUAUUUAUUUAUUUAUUUUUCGUUGCGUUGGGUCUUCGUUGCUGCGCACGGGCUUUCUCUAGUUGUGGCGAGUGAGGGCUAUUCUUCAUUGUGGUGCGCAGGCUUCUUAUUGUGGUGGCUUCUCUUGUUGCAGAGCACGAGCUCUAGGCAUGCGGGCUUCAGUAGUUGUGGCACGUGGGCUCAGUAGUGGUGGCUCGUGGGCUCCAGAGCUCACGCUCAGUAGUUGUGGUGCAUGAGCUUAGUUGCUCUGUGGCAUGUGGGAUCUUCCCAGACCAGGGCUCAAACCCAUGUCCCCUGCGUUGGCAGGCGAAGUCCCAACCACUGCGCCACCAGGGAAGUCCCCAUCACUGUUUGUUCUUUAUUUCUUCUAGGUUCUUGUUAAACAUUUCUUGUGUUUUCUUGAUCCAUGCCUCCAUUCUAUUUCUGAGAUUUUGGAU